AUGGCUGCUCCAUAUGCAGCAGCGUGUCCAGAGUUGGGAUGUGAAGAUGAUGAGCUAAGCGAUGGGUGGGUUUUGGGGCGUGACAAUGUAGUUCUCGCAAUAGCGUAUGAGGCGCUGGCACGGACCUUUCAGAUGAUGCGCUAUGAGAGCACUGCCGGUACGGAGGUUCCCGAGAUAGCGGAGUAUGCAGCAUGGAUGAUUGAGCUUGCCGAUACUGUUCAGUCUUCUACCCCUGUGGACCCAUCUCCAGCUCCAGCCCCAGCUCCGAGGUCCACUCAGGAGACCGUUCAGGAGCCAGCUCAGGAGCCCUCUCACCAGGUAUCUCAGGAGGCCAUCAACACACAGGUUCAUUCUUCUGCGCCUGUGGACGGGUCUCCUAGUGAGAUUGACGAGACUCCUGAUCAUUUUUUUUUUUUUUUUAAGUUAAAAACUGGGGACCGGCAGUGGUUCUUCUUUAGCCCCAGAGAUCGAAAAUAUCCUAAUGGAGCACGGUCAAACAGGGCAACAAAGCAUGGGUAUUGGAAAGUUACGGGAAAGGAUCGAAUUAUUAUGUGCAAUUCUCGUGCUGUUGGAGUUAAGAAGACCUUAGUCUUUUAUAAAGGCCGAGCACCAGUAGGUGAACGGACUGAUUGGGUGAUGCAUGAGUAUACUAUGGAUGAAGAAGAGCUGAAAAGAUGUCAGAACGUUCACGAAUACUAUGCGCUUUACAAGGUAUUUAAGAAGAGUGGGCCCGGGCCUAAAAAUGGUGAGCAGUAUGGUGCACCAUUUAGAGAAGAGGACUGGGCUGAUGCUGAUGAUAAAUGUCCAAGUCCCAAAGGCUUUAUCCACCAGGACAAUUCAACAAAGCAUGUUACUGAAGCUCCUUCUGUGGAUGGUGGACUUGACGAAUUGUUGAACCAUAAUGCAAAUGAGCCUGUACUUGUGGAGCCACUUUCUGUAGACUAUGCUUAUGCUCUGGAGCAGCUUGUGCAUGAGGAAGAUACUCAAAGUACCUUGCUAGAUCUUUCGGCAAGGGAAGUUAAUUUUGCCAAUCAUAGUGCGGUGAUUACGCAGUCAGGCACAUCACAGCUACAGUUGCAUGAGGCAUCAGAGGUCACAUCUGCUCCUGUUAUUCAUGAACAGCAGCGGCAUGUGGUGGAAGAGGACUUCCUUGAAGAUUUUCUGGAGAUAAAUGACCUUCUUGGUCCAGAGCCAAGCACUCAAAACUUUGAUUACCCGGAGCUGGGUGUUAAAAACUUUGAUGAGGCAGGACCAAGUGGUCAAAGCUUUGAAGAUUUGCAAUUCGAUUAUUUGGAUGGGCCGACAGAAUUUGACUUGUAUCAUGAUGCGUCCUUGCUUCUUGAUGAUAUAAGAAGAACUGAACUGGGGCAAGUUACUGAACCAUACAUGAACAACUUUGUGAAUGGUUCUGUAAACCCUGAUUCUACAACGUAUUUAAGCAGUUUUCAGAAUGAAAUGACGAACAAUCAGCCUAUGUAUUUGAAUGAUGGAGAAUUGUGGACACAUGAUCAAAGAUUCAACAUCUUUAACCCCAGCGAGGCACAUCAGUUGGUUGUUCCUCCAGCUACUCCAGGUGUUGUAUAUGAUAGUAAUUUGGGAAAUCAUCCUACGGGCGCAAAUCAGAAUCAAAUACCCAAUCAGAAUGAUGGUACUACACCGUCAUGGUUAUCCUCUCAGUUGUGGGCCUUCGUGGAUUCUAUACCUACCACUCCUGCUGUAGCUGCUGAAAGUCCUGCGGUUAAUAUGGUCUUUAAGCGCAUGUCUAGCUUUAGUAGGAUGAGAAUAAACGCCGGGAACAUGAAUGUUGUGGCAGGUAAAACAGCAACUUCAAGAAGUUCGCGCCGCCCUAAGAAUGGGCUUUUAUAUUUUUCUUUCCUUGGAAUACUUUGUGCAAUCUUAUGUGUGUUAGUAGGAAUAUUUGUUAACGUCUUGAAGAGAUACAUAUCCUCUUAAAUAUGCAAUGAAGUUUUGCUGUUCUAUCACCUGGCAUCUUGCCAGAAUCAA